UCUUCUCUAUCUAUCUUCCUAUCUAUCUAUCUAUCUAUCUAUCUAUUUACCUAUCCAUCUAUCUAUCUAUCCAUCUAUGUGAUAUCGAAAGUUGUGUGAUUGACGUGUUUGAAAAAAUUAGCAAAGCUUAACUUAUUCAAGUAACAGUAAAAAAGGAGGGAAAAAAAGGAGGAAAAUAAAGUCAACGACGACGUCACGUAACCAUGGAUAUCCUGCCGAGCGGGAACAUAUUUAGAGAGUUGCAGCUCAUACACGACACCGGAUACUUUUCGGCUCAAGCGUCGCUCGAGGAUCACUGGCAACAGACAUGCUACGAGAUGGAGAGGUACCUGAAGGACGAACCGAAGUUCUUACAACAGAAGUCCUCACCAGAGGAGACCAUGGAAUUAUGUCAGGAAACCUUGGAAGAUUUCAGGGCGCCCUUUUCCUGGGACCCAAAAGUCACAUUCACCGCCCCUCUACAAUGCGAAUCUCCGAUCAAAACGGAGGGUUUAACAUCGUCAGAUGAGAGAGAAGUGGUUAGUCUGGAUUACAACAAAUUUGGCCCCUGCGAUCCCAACCACAAUGGCCGUGAUAGGGAUCUUAGCGAACCACACUUCGAUACUCUAUCGAUGUCCUCGGGUAUUUCAGGGUGUUCGACAGUAUCUUGGGAGAGCCAUCAUAGCAGCUGUUCAAUGAUUAUUGUUAAAAAGGAACCAAGCGAAUAUGGAGAUGAGGAACACGAGGAGAUCGAAGAAGAAGAGGAUAGCGGGUGCGAGAGCGAAGGUCAGAUCCUGACACCGCCGUCGAGUCCAGGCUCGGGUCAAGGUCAUUCCAACUCCAGUCACUCGUCGAGCAGUAGUCCGAUGCUCGACGUGCACAACCUCAACCUUCAUGGGACAACCGGUAGGAGUGCCAUCGUCAGGGUUACCACCAGUAACGCGCAGAGCGUCGCGAGACUAAUCUCCGUGACGGCAAAUGGCUUCUCAGCGGUCGCGAACACACAACACGCGCACACAGGUGUAAAUGCAUCAGCGAGCACGGUAUCCAACAGGCAUCACGCGAGGAGCCACGAGCACAGCCCACCUGACACAAAGCGCAGGAUACACAAAUGCCAAUUUCUAGGAUGCAAAAAAGUAUAUACAAAGAGUUCACAUCUUAAAGCUCAUCAAAGGACACAUACGGGAGAGAAGCCGUACAAGUGCAGCUGGGAAGGUUGCGAAUGGCGAUUUGCACGUUCGGACGAGCUUACGCGCCAUUAUCGCAAGCACACCGGUGCGAAGCCAUUUAAAUGUCGACACUGCGACCGAUGUUUUUCACGCAGCGAUCACCUAGCGCUCCACAUGAAGAGACACGUAUAAUCCAUCGUCACCCCGAGCGGUCCUCGAAGCUGCAAGGAAAUGCGACGGUCUACCGAGAAAAACGACGACAUUAAGAAGAAGAAGAAGAAGAA